UCUACCAUGGCUGAAGUUGUGCUGGGCCACAUUUGUGAAGACCAGAUUAUAUGCUCAAUAUGCCUGGAAAUUUUUACUCGGCCUGUCUCUACCCCGUGUGGCCAUAGCUUUUGCACGGCAUGCAUUGAGGAAUUCUGGAAUCGGAGAGAGUACUACACGUGCCCUCUGUGUGAGAAGGUAUUUGAGAAAAAGCCUGAAUUGUGUGUAAACAGAGUGCUGGCUGAAAUUAUUGACAACUUCAAGGAGACCUCACUGAUUAGUUCUCAGGAGAAGUAUGCCGGUCCUGGAGAAAUUGAGUGUGAUUUCUGCAUCCAAAGACGAUUCAGAGCUGUGAAAUCCUGCCUGACCUGCCUUGCCUCUUAUUGUGAGGCUCAUGUUAGGCCCCACUAUGAAGGAGCUGCGUGGAAAAGUCACAAACUCGUGAAUCCAAGUAAAAACUUGCAAAAAGAACUUUGCCCCAAGCAUCAGAAAGCCAUGGAGCUCUUCUGCCAAACGGAUCAGGAGUACAUCUGCUUAUUGUGCAUGAUGGAUGAGCACAAGACCCAUGAUGCUGUCACACUGGACACCAAAAGAGCAGAGAUGCAGUGUCAGAUUGAGACAACACAGGAAAAAAUCCUGCAGCGAAUUCAAGAAAGACAGAAGAAAAUAGAGGAGCUGAAGCAAGUGAUGCUGAAGAUCAAGAAAUUUGCAGGUACAGAAAUUUGGGAAAGUGAGAAGAUUUUUACUGAGUUAAUCUCUAGUAUUGAGAAAUCUUGCGACAGAUUCACUGCGCUCAUCAGAGAUCAGGAAAGGACUGUGCUAAAAAAGACAGAGGAACUCAUGCAUCAAUAUGAAGCUGAAAUCAAUGAGAUGAAAAAGAAAAAAUUAGAGCUGGCAGAUAUUUUAAAGACAGACAAUCAUCUCCAUUUUCUGAAGAACUGUACAACUCUUUGUAUCCCUGAUGAAGACAAAAAACUUUCCAACAUUUCUAUGUGUAUGACAUCCCCAUCCACGGCUUUACGCAAGGAACUUUCUGAACUUAAAAAUUACGCAAAGGAACCCUUCAACUUAGAAUUCAUACAAAUUAUUCAGACAGGGUCCGAGGAUGAACCACAUAACCAUAGAUCUACAGAGCCAAAAACCACCGAAGAAAUAAAGAAGUGUAAACAAGAACUGGGUGCCCAGCACAUUUCAGAUUUUAAGACUGCAGAUAAGAUCAAAAAGAGGACAGAAGAUGAAUUGGAGAGUGUGCAGCCACCAGAGCCCAAGAACAGAGAUGACUUCUUGAAGUAUUUAUGCCAUCUUAAAAUGGACACGAAGACUGCACACAGAAGGCUUUGCAUAUCUGAUGAUAACAAAAAAGCAACACUGAAGGGAAAUGGACUGCCAUGCUCUGAUCACCCUGAGAGUUUUGACUGCUAUUGUCAAGUGCUUUGCCAAGAAGGCCUUUAUGGUGGUCGCUUUUACUGGGAGGUGGAGUGGAGUGGGGAAGAAACAACUAUUGGUGUUGCCUACAAAAGCAUCCAAAGGAAAGGAAAUGAUGGUGAAUGCGCCCUUGGGUUCAACAACACGUCAUGGAGUUUAUUCUAUUCUGAUUCCUGUUACUCUGCCUGGCACAAUAAUAGAGUAACUCCAGUAACUGCUAACCGUUGCUCCAGGAUAGGGGUGUAUCUGGACUGGCCAGAUGGCACCCUGUCAUUUUACAGUGUCUCAAAAACAAUGACACUUCUACACACCUUCAAAACAAACUAUACUGAACCACUAUACCCGGCAUUUGGAGUUGGGAGCAGCAUAGAAAUCUGUUCAUUGAAAGACGAAUGAGCAGUAAUCAAUCAUAAGGAAAGACAUUGUGUCAUUGAUGUUGAACUUUGACAAAACUUGGAAAAUCUGUUGAAAUGUAUGGGAAACAAUUAUAUAAGGUGGUGAUAUCUACUGGGAAGGAUUAAGCAAAACAAUCUUUAAGAUGCAAGAGAGAUAAAGUGAACUUAUUCAUAUGUGGAAGUGCUUUCUGUGGUGUCCUAAUUUUACUUGCCUUGUGUAUAUAUAAUUACUUCUCUAAUUAGAGUUUUCGCUGUUUAUUUGUUGUAUAUACUAUUAUACUCAGUGGCCACUUCAAUAGGCACCUGCUUGUUAAUGCCAAAAGCCUGCUCAUUCAAACAGCCAGUCUCAUGGCUUCAUCUCAGCAUACAUGCAUUUAUGGUCAAGAGAUUUAGCUGUUGUUUGAUCAAACAUUACAAUGGCCAAAGUCCAGUGGCUUGACUGCUACCAGAAGUAGUGGUUCUAGUAGUAGACUUUAGUGGCAUUACAGUAUGUGGGUAAAAACACGUUGAUACUGAAAGAGAGCAGAGAAGCUAUCAACACAGAUGCUCAAAUUAUGGCCCACUAAAGCAGUGGUGUGUGGAAGGGCAUCUUUGAACACACAACACACCUGACCUUACAGUGAAUGGGCUGCUGCAGCAGAAAAAGAUCAUGCUGGGUUAGAUGUGUUGCCCAGUCUGUGCAACUUCAAUUACAGAUAGGCUUAACUUUUUUAAAUACAGCCUAACAGAUGUUAUUUUGACCCACCUUAACUCAACUGAUAGACCCUCAUUAGAACACUAGAAUAUUAGAAAAAAUCUGAUGAGAACAAGCAAUCCAUCCAUUAUCCAACCCGCCAUAUCCUAACUACAGGGUCAUGGGGGUCUGCUGGAGCCAAUCCCAGCCAA